AUGCAGCCCUCGGAAGUGAAAAGCCCUGGAUCGCAAUUUCAAGAGGUACUAGCUCAAGAGGCGCAAAAGGGGAAGCUAGUCAUGGAUUCAAUGUCGGGAUUGAAUGCAAAGGAGAACAAUGAUACCCUAGUUGAUGUUCUAGAUAACUCAAAUUUGGUUUCUGAUUGUCUCGUUGUGAAAAAUGUGCCAAAGCCUGGGAAAAAUGCUGAUAAGGAAAAUCUUCAUUGCCACAGCUCAAACACAUUUUCGGCUCUACAAGUAAUUGAUAAUGAUGAAGCUAUUUUGUUGGAAGAGAAUGAUGGACAUGAUGAUGAUGUAGAGAAUGUCUUCACUGAGGGGCUCAUAGAAAAUAAGACUACAGUUGAUGAAGUUCAGAAGGAGGAAAACAGUAGCAGUGAGCAACAACAGUUAGUGGUUUUUGAACCGUUUUGCAUGAAGAUGUGA